AUGCAAAAAAAAAAAAAGUGGUUUUUUAUAACAAAAUCGCUUCUCACUCACUCUAACUCCAUCACCCUUCACCGUUUCAUUCAUCAUAAACACCAACAAUCUCUCCGGAUUAUCUUGGUAAACAUUUAAUUACUUUAUCAUUUGUGAAUUUUCUGGGUGGGAUGAAGGACGAUAAGAAAAGGAGAAAAAACAAGAAGAAAAAUAACAAGCAAAACAAGAAUAAUGUCGAUAUUAGGGUUGGAGGAACAGUAAUUAGGGAUCAUAAUUUAGUGAAUUAUAAUGGUAAAUAUGAGCAUGCUAGUCUAAUAGAGACUGUGGAUGAUUCAAUUGUGGACCGAGAAACAGGUAAUGGAGAUCAGAAUCUGGCGAGUAAUGCUAGGGAUGAGCAUGCAUUGAAUUCAAUUAUGGAUAGAGAAACAGGUAACAGGGAUCAUAAUCAUCUGGUUAAUGAUGCUAAGGACGAGCAUGCUAAUAUUUCGGAGGCUGUGGUGAACUCAAACGGGGAUGGAGAAAGUUCAACCAGGGAUCAGAAUCAGGUGAAUAACGGUAAAGAGGAUUCCACUGAGUUUUUGAGCACAACUCAUGGGCAAAGUGUGAGCGAGGAUUGGGAUUGGGAUGCAGAGGUCCCAAACAAAGAUCUGAAUGUACAUCUGCCAAAUGGUAAAAAAUGUGACAUAUCAGACGAAACAAUUAGAAACUUAAAAGAAGAAAAUGAUAUGCUCAUUCAGAGAGAGACCAUAUCAGAAAAGACCAUCCAGAUAUUGACAGAAGAAAUUGAUACAAACAUUCGUAAAGAGGUCCUGUCACUAAAGAUAAUCAAGGAGCUGAACGAAGAAAAUCAUAUGCACAUUCAGAAAGAGGUUGCAUUAGAAGAGAAUAUCAGAAAAUUGAAGAAAGAACUUGAUAUGCAUGCUAAGAACGAGACGGUGUUGCAAUUAUCCUCUGAAACUCCCAAGGAUAUUCCAGAAAUCAUCUUUCCCACUAGUGAUCGAGUUGAGCCUUCUCCAAAACAAAUGUCAAUUCAACAAGGUACUGUGUCUUUGCCUUCUCAAUCCUCUAUCUUGACAGAGGGUAAUCAAUUGAAGGAUGAUGAAGUUGACAUUUCCCAAACUGCCACGGAAAUUGAAACUGGAAACAUGCAAUUGUCUGUGGAAAAUGAUAUUCUUCCCCAAACAUCUCGCCCUAUGGCUUUGGUUGUCGAAGACAAUUUGAUAGUAGAGGCAGAAAUUGUCUCAACCACGGAGCCUGAUGACAAAGAAGAUACUGCUUCUGAUGCGAAAGAAACUAAAGAGGCUGACACAGAUACUGUCGGUAGGAGCAUUUAUUCAAAUAACCAACUAGAAGAACUUGUGUCAAGACUCGCUGCCCCUGUUCACUUGAGCUCACCAAUUUCUGCUCUAUCCUCUAGUGCUCUUUCUCAAAACCCGAAUGUCCAAAAUAUUUCAGAAGUUAUGCAAAAAUUGAAAGUCUUGGUGGGCAAGGAUCUUGACUCAAUCAUGUCCACCACUGGUGUUGUUGGGGAGAUAUCUUCAUUGUUGAAAAAUUUAGAUGAAAUCAAAGACCAUCUCAGCCCUGUUGAUUUUGGAACCUUUUCUGUAGUUCAGAUGGUUGUUGGUCGUUUUGAAAGUGACUUCCCAAACAUCAAACUUGCCCUAUCCACCUAUCAUGAUGUGCAUCAAGAACAACAAGGAGUUCUUGGGUGUCUUCAAGAGUUGAUACAACGUCGAACAGAUGUGAAUGACAAGCACGAGGAACUCAACCAGAGAAAACAGCAAAUCACUAAUCGCAUUAAUGGCCUUCAACAUGAUCUUCAAGAAGCAGAAAAGGAACUAGCUACAGUAUUGACUGAAAUGGAUAUCAAUGCAGCAUCUGGCAAAGACAUUGAGUCCAAAAUCAAUGAGGAAUGUCCGAAAGGUGCGAGUCUCAUGACCAAGAUGUCAUCCGUUGAACCUGUCUAUCACUUUGCUCUUGCCAAGAAAGCCUCUUUAGCUGAAGAUUGGGCCAACAUUCAAGCUUGUUUCCUUUCAAAAUCUAUAUAAUUUAACCCUUUAAAUUAACUUAGAUUUUAUCAGAACAAUUUGUACUUUCAUUACACUGUAGGUUUCAUUGCUUUUGUUGAACAACUAUUCCCUCUUUCUUUAUUUGCAAUGAAUUAAUUUAACUUGGCUGGUGCAGAUUGUUAAUGUGCCUGACCAUGGUAAUCUCUGCUCCAUUAUGAAUAUGAUCCAGAAAUACUAUGCUUCACAUUUUUAUCAUUCACAA